AAGAUGUUCUUUUCUUCCUGUACUGCUUGGUCGUGCGUGGUCCUGUGAUGGAAUGGAUGCAAAUAAUGGCGAUCUGCGAUCUAACAAGGAAGUAGUGCAUGUGCACCGAUCCAGAGAUGAUAGCAACAGCUCCCAAUUAUAGCAGGACUACAGUUGUAAGUGCAACAAGCUUGGACAGAACACUAGCCCCACAAGAAAAAUCUGUCAAAAUUGUAACGACGAUCACCCCGACGAAAUGAGCCAGAUCUUGUAGUAGAAGAUUGAAGAAAAAAAUUGUGUCGUGUGCUCUAGAAGGUGCUUGGCGUGAGAAAAGACCAGAGUCGAAGAUCAUUCUGUCAAGAAGUAGAUUUGUAAUGCAAUUUAUAGAAGAUACUAGUGCGACCACUGCGAUGCUUUUGCAUUGCAUACAGCAGUUGUUAGCGCAACAACUGGCACCCAACACGACCAACCCAACCACGGCCAGCAGUUUAUUCUGAGGAAAACCGUAGACUUUCCCACGACCCCAGAGUUGUCAUGCAAAUCUGCAUGCCAAAUCCAAAAAUAAAAAGUUUCUUAUGCGGAAAAACCCAUGAGAAACAUUUUCUAUAUCGUGUGUUGGAAUUUGUGAUGCUGUAAUCAGCAUGUUGAUAUGCUAGAUCUGUGAUGCUGCUGAGCUACCUAAUAAAUCGAGGAGUACACUACCAGGAUCGAAACUUGUCAUGCGAAGCAGCCAAAGCUGGCUGAUUUGUCUAGCAGAGGUCCCAUCUUGACUUCUCUGGUGUGGGGACAUUUUUGCUUAGGAUGCAGCUCUUCUUUCGCGGAACAGGCGAACUUCGAGGAAACCAACUUUCUUUAUCGCAAGAGAAAACUGUUUCACUGUAAACUUGUAAUGCAGAAAAUGCAUUGCAGAAGUGUUUGUGUUGCUACAGCACAAGCAAGGCAAGAAAUGAUUUGUAGCUGUGCUGUUUUCCGUGCUUAGCAACCUCGCAUGGCAAGUUUUCUUUGUCAUGUGUAAACAAAUUUGUAAUGCAAAACUUGCAAAAUCAUUACAGUGAAACAGUUUUUUCGUGGGAUAUUCUCUCCCGGCUAUGCAUUGCAAAAGUUGUAUAAUCGCAGUCGUACUAAUGACAGCAUUCAUGCAUAAUUACAAAUGAAAUCUCUUCCCUUCCCUGAUGUAACUCCGCAUUUUUACAGAUUCCAUUUCUACCCGUGCGCAGGAAAUGGAAAUUUGGCAUGCGAAGAUUUGUGUACUUACGAAGAUGUCUAUUUUGCAAUUCAUACCGCCAACACUACAAAACAGUGACCUUCGCUGGGGGUGGUUGCGGGCUGCCCCUGGCAAAUCUGUACGCACGCUACCUCGGCGGCUCGUUGCAGCUGCACACCGUGUAUGCGUUGCAAAUAUGUGUGAGUCCUCUGGAAACUUGUCAUGCUGAAUGGUCAUGAUUGACUGUGCAUGUAAGUGCAGUGCAGCAUGACAAAUGUUUCAAACUCUUUCUCAUGCGCAGAACACAUAUACAAACUGCGUUUUAUUUGGAUGACGAAAGUGUGGCGCUUUAUUUGCUGCUUAUGCAGUACAGAUUUUUCAGGAAUGCGAAAUACGCAAUACAGGUUUAACCUCUCCAGACCCAGACAUUUUUGCAAUCCAUACCGUGUAUGGGCUAGGUACCGACGUGGUCUUAUGAAAGGGAAUAUCAAAAGUAAAAAUGUCUGGGUCUGGAAGAAUGCAACUUGUCAUGCUGAUUUUGGAUGCUAAAAAAAUCUGUAUUGCAUGAGCAGCAAAGAGAUUCCAAGUUUUGCUACACGGAAAGAGCGUUUGUCAUGCGGUAUAGGCAUCAGGAAGCCCUCAUAAAAUCUGUGAUGCUAGGGCAUGCAUCACAGACAUCAGGAGUCAUGCAAAAUGUGCAUGACAAACCUGGCAAUCUUCCAGACCCAGACAUUUUUACAGUUGAUAGGGAAGUGAGUGGCCUCUUUGUCUUUACCAAGUGCUGCUGAAAUGUAAGUACUACCAAGUACGAAAAUCAGCCCACACCGUGUAAGAAGUUUGAUUAUGCACCAGACGAGUUCGGCAAUUCCAAGUGCUGUAACUACUUGUUCUGCGAAUGCGUUUGCGGUGCGAAAAUGAGGACCAUAGCAAAUCUGCAUGAGUUGUACUAGGCUUAGCGUCAUCAUCAACACAGGCACUAAUGAGAGCUGCUGCCCUUACUUUUCCCCUUAAUAGGUGUUGUUUAUGAGCCGGGUCCAGGGACAGAUGGAAAGGAUUCGGUGACAUCAAAGGGAGUUUUUGAUGUCACGAUGUCGAAGGAGCAAGGCUUGCAAAAAAUGGAACAAAACAAUCUGAAUCUUCUUCAAGGGGCUACGGGUACGAUGCAGCAUAUUUUUACACGAGCACACAUGAAGAUCUUCUGCUUUUCAGUUUGAUCAAUUGAUUUACUGCGUCGAAGCUUGAUAAA